CUGCGAAUCUCUCCGUCCAGCCCAUCGCUCUCACCGUCUGAAGCUACAGGCGCACCGAGCUGCUGCAGAAGGAGUGGCCGCACACCAGCUUCGGAGGCGUUUGUUGGAAUUUCGGCAAACGCUUUUCAUCCCGGUCUCCUCCGUUUUUACCCCCCCUUGGUCAUCUUCAAAUUUAUCAAUGGGACUGAAUCUGCGGGUCUGACUGGAAAACCCAUACACGGGCGCAGCGUUCGGGGCGCAAGGCGAGACACAGCAUUCCUCAAGGCCAUUGGGUGUUGGUCAUCCGCGGCAAGAGAUGGGAACGGUACUCUCCAUAUCUCCAACAUCAAGGAAGGGAGCCAUUCUAGAUGAUAAGACGGAGGUCGGGCACGCCGCUAGCGGCAAGACGGAGAAGAGCCUUAAACGACAUUCGGUAUUAAUAUCGGCUCUAACGUGGAAGCGACUAGUUGCAACUUCGGCCAAGAAAAAGAGUGCCAAGAAAGUUAACCCGGCGUCUCAUGCCAACAACAACCCAGUGGAGCAGCUAAAUAACGAGAAUCUAAAGAAAUCUCAGCAGUCCACUUCGGACCGGAAAGGGUCGCAUCGGGACCACAAGUCGGGACCGCUGGCAGUACCAGUACCGACGGUUCCAGAAAAAAGCCUGCCUCAUGACCAAACCCAGAACGCCUCACAGAAUAGCAAGCAGAUCGUAUCCGUUAAAAAGCAACCUAGCAACCGAUCUGUCAUAUCCCCGAGGCGUGUAAUUGUUCAGGCGUCGACCGGGGAGCUGCUGCGCUGUUUGAGCGAAUUCAUAUGCCGAAGGUGCUACAAACUGAAGGAGCUGACCCCCAGUGAGAUUAUCCUGUGGUUUCGAAACGUGGACCGGUCUCUCCUGAUCCAGGGCUGGCAGGACCAAGGAUUCAUUACGCCCGCUAACCUGGUGUUUGUCUACAUGCUUUGUAGAGAAGCGGUGACCGAUGACAUCGACAGCGAAUUUGAACUUCAGGCCACCUUCCUGACCUGCCUCUACCUGGCUUACUCCUACAUGGGGAACGAGAUUUCUUACCCUCUGAAACCCUUUCUAGUGGAGACCAACAAGGAGGUCUUCUGGGAGCGUUCCCUGCAAGUCAUUGACAAAAUGAGUGCCAAAAUGUUGGAGAUCAAUGCGGAUCCGCAUUUCUUCACCGAGGUGUUCCAGGACCUCAAAAACGAGGGAGAAUCAAGGGACGCGAAUAGUAAAGGGACAAUUAACCUUGACCGUUAAGCGAACGAGAGCGGUUUGAGAGAGAGAGAAAGCGAGAAUUUAGGAUAUCUCCCUGCACCCCUAUUUUAAAAGGGUGGCUUGAAUGUAAGGUUCAGGGAAAAGUAACAUGCACUAGAGCCGGUGAAUCAACCCAGACGUGGACCAUCCCCUUUUCCGAUAAGACAUGUUUCGUGUUGUUACCGUGUAAAAGAACACCUCGUGCUUCUGUGAAUCACAGUACAUUGGGGUUCGGGGUAAGGGGGCGGUCGAUAAAUGCAUGCCUGAAGUAUUUUAAUUGUACUUUAAUUGUGGCUUUAAAAUGGCUGGAUGGUGCAGGGCAAAAAAGUUGAGAAAUUAAAAUUGUUAGAUAGUACAUCAAUGUUUAGGUACGUUAUUUAUAUAUUUAUUUCAAUUUUGUGGAGUGAGAGGACGCGAGGAAGAACAGUAUUAUUUUACUGAACGCGGAGCUAUCCAAGGUGCUGGCCUUCAACGGACACAUUGCACAUGUAUUGUGUUGUUGAACCUUAUGCUGUCUAUUUGAACUUUGAAUGUACAAACUUACAACAACAACAAAAUGUUACUUUACCCUUCUACGUGCCAAUUGUUAUAGUAUAAAACGCAUUGUUUUAUAUUGUAUAUUUAAAGCAAAAUACA